CCUGGAUUGUCAAUCAAAAAGAAACACAUACAUAAAUAAAAUUGUAAAAAAAAGAAAUGAGAACGAAUUCAAUACGAUUUUUUAUAAUCAGCAAUAUCUCGAUUAUGAGAUACAUACGCUUAUGCGCUGAACAGCUGCUGAAUAUUCAUUGGACGCGCGUCGCUUACCCAAGUCUCUCUCAGCCGGUUGCGAUUAUAGAUAGUAUUGAGCGCAUACGCUGCCGCUACACUAAUAUCGCAAACGGUACUAUCAACACUCUCCGCGGAAUAAGCACAGCAACUGGUGGUGGCUAUCGCAAUGGCCAAACGACGCCACUAGAAUUCAGUUGCUCAGCAAGUGUCGCUCUUACUAAACGCGUACGAAAGGUGCCACGCUUUAGCAACGCGUUUCCACAACAAACGAAAAAGCAAAAUAGUGCAACGAGAAUACAGGUAAUUUCACUUCGUUUUAGUGAAGAAGUCAAAAACGAAAACGUGGAACGCAAAUACACUGAUAGUUGCGAAUCAGCAGCGGAUAUAUCCUCAAAAGCAAGGGCACAACAGAAAACUAGAAAGCAAGCAAUGAAGUCAGCGCGAAUUGUGGUGAUUGGCGCCGGCUCCGCUGGUAUAGCAGCAGCGACGCGUCUCCUGCAGUCUGGUUUUGAAAAUGUUUUGCUACUCGAGGCGGAAAAUCGAUAUGGUGGACGUGUGCACACACUACCCUUUGCAGACAACGUUGUCGAUUUGGGCGCACAAUGGUGUCACGGUGAGAAGGGUAAUGUGAUCUAUCAAACGGUGCGUGAGUUGAAUAUGCUUCAGCCAACAGGCGAUAUCUAUGACGACUACAAAUGUGUGCGCUCCAAUAGAGAAGUGAUAUCCGAUUCGGUGACUGAUUCACUUAAAUCAAUUGCCUUCAAUUUGAUACCCUCACGACAAGAAGGCUUGAGGUGUUUUGAAGGCUCUUUGGGUACGUAUCUUACAGAGGCCUUUUGGAAUGACUUAAAACAAGCGCCCGAAAUCGAUAAGGCUGUGGCGCGUGAAUUUUUCGAAAAUUACAAGAAAUUCGAGAGUUCAAUUGAAGCAUCUGAUCAUCUGUUUGAAGUUUCCGGCCGAGGUCAUCUCGAGUACUGGAUAUGCGAAGGUGAUCUACUGCUCAAUUGGAAAGAUAAAGGUUUUAAUGGUUUCCUUCGCCUUCUCAUGAAAGCGGAAAAUGACGACAAAGAUGACAUGGGUCUACUUAACAAACGUAUACAAUUCAAUGCGCGCGUACAAAACAUUGAAUGGAAAACUACAUGUGGUGUUGUGCGCAUACGUCUUUGGAACGGUGAACUCAUCGAAGCCGAUCAUGUCAUCUGCACGACAUCCUUAGGUGUACUCAAGGAAAACUAUCAAAAAAUGUUUACACCCUCGUUGCCUCUGUCCAAAUGUCGAGCCAUUGAUGGCCUCAAAUUAGGUACAGUAGAUAAAUUUUUCUUGGAAUUCGCCGAGCCGUUCGCACCACUUGAUUGGACAGGUUUCUGUUUUCUUUGGCGUGACGAGGAUUUAGCAGAAUUACGAGACUCCGACCGAUUUUGGUUAGAGAGUGUUUUCGGAUUUUAUCGAGUCUCUUGCCAACCACGUAUCCUGCAGGGUUGGAUAAUUGGACCCCACGCACGUCACAUGGAAACGUUACCAGAGGACGAGGUACGUAAAGCGCUAAUCUGGCUUUUCGAGAAGUUCUUCACAUUUCAAGUGCCUACUCCAUUGAGAUUUCUGCGUACCCGCUGGUACACUAAUCCCAAUUUCCGUGGAAGCUACACGUUUCGUACACUGUAUGCCGACGAGUUACGCACAGGUGGCUGGGACUUAGCCGCUCCCCUUACGGCUGAGGAAGACGGUAAGCCACUGCUGCAAUUCGCUGGCGAGGCCACGCACACACAUUUUUAUUCGACGGUGCAUGGUGCGGUGGAGAGCGGUUGGCGUGAGGCGCAACGCUUGAUCUCCUACUAUCUAGGGCGCACUUCACAAUUGUAAACAGAGCUGGUAAGCUCUUUACCUAGUCGCCGAGUGAUGAUGGAUGCCUUGGUAAUAUAAACGAUAUCUGCGGUGUUAUCAGUAGUUUUUAGUCGAACGCUUAGACAAAUUUAUGUGCUUUAUUAUGAUUUUGUAAUCUGCCAGAGAAGUUGAUAAAAUACUACACUUUUGUAGCUAUUUGAAUUGCAAAUAACAGUGUACAAUGUGCUAAUAAGUAUUAUUUAA